AUGGAAGACGCCACGAAAUCCCUUUUGGAGUACGGUAUUCCUGAUACAACUACCAGAUUCCUUUCUAGCAUUGUCAGGCCACCUGUGACGGCUCAGCACUUCGAGCUAAAGCCACAAUUCAUUCAGUUCAUCUCCAAAGAUUCUUUUGCAGGCACACCACAUGAUUGCCCGGUAAGUCAUAUUGAUUGUUUCUUGGAGAAAUGUGAUACUAUGAAAAUGAAUGGUGUUACAGAUGAUGCUAUCAGACUUCGCCUUUUCCCUUUCUCACUACGGGAUAGGGCGAAGGAAUGGUUGAGAGAUGAAGGCACUGCCUCGUUUGAUACAUGGGAAAAGCUAGUGAAAGCUUUUCUAGUAAAGUUUUUGGGACAGGAAAAGACUGCUAGGUUAAAGAACGAGCUAGCUACCUUUCGUCAAUCUGAUGAUGAGACUCUAUAUGAGGCAUGGAGAAGAUUCAAGCGCUUACAGAGACAAUGCCCUCAUCAUGGUAUCCUAGAGUGGUUGUUGAUCCAAACAUUCUACAAUAGUCUGACCCAUGAGUUCCGCAUUUACAUUGAUGCUGCAUCCGGGGGUUCUCUCAUGACUAAGAACCCAACUAAAGCCAAGGAGCUAGUUGAGAAGAUGGCAGCCAAUGACAAUUAUCAUCCAAGGGGCAGAAAUACUGUGAAGACUAGAGGGAAAUUUGAUGUUGAUGCUUUAACUCUCUUGACAAGUUCUAUACAGGCAUUAACAAGCAAGUUUGAUAAAAUCCAAGCUGGAUCCACUUCCACUUCAUUAGAAACAUGUCAAUUAUGUGGUAUUCAAGGCCAUAUUGCUCCACAAUGUCAUCCGCCCUCUGAUGAAAUGUCAAUCGAGCAAGCAAAUGCCUUCUAUAUUACGUCACCUAAAAGGCCGUAUGAUGCUCAAGCUCAAUUGUAUUCUCCACCACCACCACCUAAUCUUCAAGCAAGGAAAUCUUUUAAUCACCAACCAUGUAUCAACAACUACCACCGUAAACUUCAAAAUACAACCUCGAUUCCACUAUGGAGACUUUCACUACCUCCCUUCUUCGACAGCAAGAGCUUAUGA